AUGAUGGAACAUACCUUUGCUACAAGAAACCUCCGUCGCGUACGGCUCCAACGUCCAUCCUUGACUCGAAUCCGCAUCUUCCUUCGCACCCUCGCCGCCGACCUCAUGUCGAAAUCAACGCAGUGGAAAGCCAUGACGGUCAUGACCGUCGAUGGCUUUGGCUAUGCUCUAGCCAAGUCCUCGCAGACUUUCCUUAUUGAACAAGCCCUGUGUCGAGCAUUCUAUACCAGCAAUGACCCCUCCGUUGUCCGCCCAGAUGGUAGUGUGCCCGAGGACAUGUGCAAAACAGAGGACCUGCAAUCACAGGUCGCCUUCUUGUCCAGCAUGCUAAAUUUCACGCUCUUGAUAGCAAGCUUUCUGGCUACUCCCGUGUUUGCCCGCUUGGCGUUGGCCGUCGGAAAGAGGACUGUCCUUCUCAUCAAUGCCGCGAGUUACAUGUUGCGCAUGAUAUUAUUUACGGCCGUGGUUUACUUCCACACCUUCUUUGACGUCCGCUGCGUGCUGCUGCUGUGGAUUUUGGAGCUGGUGGGAGGCGGGAUGCCAGUGCGAGAGGUCUUGCUGUGGAUGUACAUGGCAGAGAGCGUCCCGGAAGACGGACUAACCGGUGCGUUUAAUAUCUUGAGCGCCAUUCUGAUCGGGAUGAUGUCUGUCGGGACCUUUAUUGGCGCCCUGCUUCUCAGGGAGCAUGUUUGGCUGCUGUGCUCCAUAGUCAUCUGCAUUUGUGCCCUGGUCAUUCUUUUAAUCUGCCUGCUUCCAAGUCAUUAUAAAUCCCUCUAUGCUGAGGAAGACAACAUCUCAGAUGAGGAGGAUGCUCCCCGUUCAUCCAUCUCACAGGCGUCAUCACCAGCCACUUCGCUUCUUCAUGGACAGGAAGGUACCCGCAUCGCCUCGCAUGGUCGUCUAGCCUUAUGGCAGACCGUACUUCGUGCUGCCACAGUUGAUUUGUUCCUGUCUGCACAGUUCGUCGCACAAGCGCUCCGAAAUCCACUCACCCUAAGAGUCAUGAGCAUAUUUUUCACUUACACAUUAGCUGGGACUGUUUCGGGCAUAUCCCAGCAAUGGGCCUCGGGCACUUUCCAUGCGACCUUGGCCAACGUUGACAAAAUUACCUCCAUGGAACAGAUCAUCUCUGCCGUUGUUCUGUUCGCUCUGCCUACAUUUUCGAAACGAUUGCUGCGACCACGCUUGCGCGGCAAACAGGACACGGAUCUUUGGGUCAUCACAGCCAGUUUGGUAUUUUGUGUGUUUGGCUCCCUGAUCAUGGCCAUGGCACCGUCUAUUGUUAUUUACGCUCUGGGGGUUGCCGUCUCUGCCCUCAGCGUUGGUCUGGCCGACUCAUUGCGAUCGUUCGCGACCACUGCUUUAUCCGACACCGAGACUCUGGAAAGCCUCUACAUGAGCAUUCGGACCAUGCAGUCGUUGGCAGCUAUUGUCGGCACCCUGCUGUGGGGAGGCGUUUUCCUUCUUAUCCUGAAUAGUGACGGAGGUUUGCCGCCGGGUCUUCUCUUCUUCGCCACUUGUCUCGUCUUACUUGUCUCUCUCUAUUCAACGAUUCCGUUGAGAGGGUAUAGAUAG